AUGUGGCACAAAGCCAGACGUGGCCUUUGCCUGCCUUCCCACAGGCUCCCUGCCCUGCUCCGGGCCCUGUCUCGCUCCCGCUGCCCCUCCGGGAUCUCUGCUCAUCCCUGGCGUUCCCAGCAGGGCUUAGCUCCUCCUGAGCCCCCGCAGUGCUUCGGGGAAGCCUUGCGCAAGCCGAGAGAAAGGCUCGCUUGGGCCUCUGUGAGCGUGGUCCUGGGCGAGCCGCACGCGUGCAGCUGCGCCGCCUUCCGCAAGGAGAGGGGCCUCUGCAAGCACCUGUGCUGGAUAUUGCUGAAAAAAUACCGAUUACCAAGAGAUCAUGAAUAUGCUUUUAAGUUGGGUCUUCUGGAAAGAGAAAUUGAGGACAUACUACAGCGAUUACAGCAGGAGCAGACCCUAAGACCUGAACAAGCUGCCUUCUCACCACCAUUAAAUGAAGAGAACGAGAUUCUCUUCAUUCAUCAGAAAGGAAUCAGUACAGAGGAUGUCUGUCCCAUUUGUCAGGAGGAGUUCCUGAAGAUGAUGCUCCCUAUCACUUUCUGCAGAUACAGCUGUGGUAACAAUGUACACAUAAAAUGUAUGAAAAUUUGGGCUGAUCACCAAGAUGAACUCGGGCCUGAUUCUGUAGUAAAGUGUCCACUCUGCAGGGAAGAAUUUGCACCUCUAAAGCUCAUUCUGGAAGAAUUCAGAAACUCUAGUCAACUCGUGACUGCAGCAGAGAGGGCAAGCCUGGAUAGGCACCUUGGAAUUCCUUGUAAUAAUUGCAGAGUAUUUCCAAUUGUGGGAAGGUGCUACAAGUGCACUGAGUGUAUUGAGUAUCACCUAUGUCAUGAAUGUUUCAUUGGCUUUUUUCAUUCUCCCCAUGUUUUUGUCUUCAGACAGAAGAGAAAUAAGACAUGGAGAUCUCUUGACCAGCUUUCAGAAUUAUCAGCUGAAGGAGAAAAUUUUAAAAGCUUUAGGCCAGGAAAUAAUUCUGAAGAACCAGUAUUACAUCUCCAGGAGAAGACUAGUUGUACCCCAAGGAGGAUUGUGAAAUCUUUACCCAACAUUUUAGUUGGGAAACAGAGUCAUUUACUUGCUCCAGGUAUUCAGUGCAGAUGCUGCUUGAAGCCCUUUCACCUUGGUCAACAUGUAAGACUCCUACCAUGCAAUCAUAAGGUAAGAGAAAAGAAAUUCCUCUAAAUGUUAAAGAGA